AUGAUGGAUGAGUCAAUAACAGAUGGUGAAGUAAGUGAAGCUUUAUCAGUUACAGAAGAAAACAGUAAGCAGCAAUUUGAGGAGCAAGCACAGGAAGAAAAACCUGAUGAUCAGCAGUCAAAGGAGUGUUCGGUUACUUCAGAAAAACCAGUCUCCAAACGUGAAGAUUCUACCUUUCGUUCAUUAAAUCCUGCUGAGGAUUAUUCAUUAUCCUGUCUUGCCCAAUCAGUUAUAAAAACUAUGGAUAAUAUUGGUUUCGUAAUGUAUCAGGAAUCUGUCUUGGAUAUACUAAUAGAUUUGGGUCGGCGUUAUAUGGAAAAACUUUGGUAUGAAGCCAAAAUCCUUGCUGAGCAUGCUGGUAGGCUGUUUCCCAUCUUCGAGGAUGCAAAUUUGACUUUCAAUAAGUUAAUGUUCAGCGUAACGGAUCUGCACAUGUUCAUGAAACAAGUUCAGUUCGAAUCUGCUGAAACUAAAAUACCAUCUUACCCAGUCAAAUUGGAUACCGAAGAUAAUAUUUAUGGACCAGUUUCUGAAAGAGAGUUAAAGGAACGACCAGAACACAUACCGCAUUAUUUUCCUGCCAUUCAUCCUGAAUGGUGUGAUCAAAUAAAAGCUCAGUCGGUAGAGAGCUCACCAUCAAAUGAUCAAGCUCAGAAGACGCUUAAAAGCAGGAAUAUUCGACGGUUAUGUGUUCCUUUAAUGAGAAUGACGAAAUCAAAAAUUUCCUUUCCUGAUUUUACUGGGUUGACUGCUAAAGAAUUGGGUUUCAUUCGUCCGAUAAAACUGCCAUCAAAAAAAGUGAUUGAAGAGCCGAGUGGGAUUUCCAGUAGUGCUAAUAUUGCUGCACAAUUGACGGAUUUGUCUAAAAAUAUUUCUAGAAACAAGUACAAAAAGUGGUCCGUUGCGGACUCCAUUGGAAACUCCAGUUACUUUCAAGAUCAGAUGACAUCAAAUAGUCUCAGAGGGAAAGAAAAUGCUUUAAACAAAACAAAUCCUCAGCGACCUAGUGGUAUGUUUGGCAUGCCUCCAUCGGCAUUAGUAAACUGUGGGAACAUCGGUGAAAAAAUAAAAAAGAAGAAGAAAGAGAAAGAUCGCGAUAAAGACAGUGUGAAAGAGAAAAAAAUGAAACACCGCGACAAAGAAAAGGAGCAAGAUACUAUUGCACAUAAUAAAUCGUUUGAAUUUGAUGAAUCACCUCCAGAUAAAUCAGUGCCUUCAAGUUGUUCAACUGUAUUUGGAAGUUUCGAUCAAAUAACAAAGGCAUCAAAACAGCAAUCGGGAAGUACUUUAUUAUUGAGUAAACAGUCGGAUCUUCCAGAAAAUAACCAGACACACCGACAUAUUACUGAUACAAAAAAGGAUGAUUUGGAUAAAAAGUCUGCUAUUCUUAUCAAUUUUUCUUAUGCAACUUCUGUUAGCAGUGGAAGAAGUAUUGCAUCUUACACAAAGAAGGAUGAUGGUGGCGAAUUUAAAAAUGAUAAAACAGUGGACUCGUAUGUAGGCGAUGACUGUAACGAUCCAAGAACCAGUUCACAAAUGAUUAAAGAUGUGAAGCCUCAAAAGCUCGAAUAUAGAAGUGGCAAGUAUGUUGGGGAGCUUUUUAUUGGUGAUAGCAAGGAACCUUGGAAAAAGGAAUACGAUGAAGAGUUUUGUGAAUCUGAGGAGACUGCUAAUGAGGACGUUGAUAGAACUGUAACGGUGGACGAUACUACAAAAGAGCUAGAAAAUUGCAAAGUUGAUGACGUAGAAAAUGAAUGUGGAAGUAAUACAGCAAAAGCUGAGGAUUGUUUAGCAUCAAUUUCGCCAUUUUCUAAUGAUAAGAAUGAAGAUACAAAAGUUGACGACGUCGUCGCUACUCAAGAUUCCAAAGCACUUAAAAUGGUUCUGUCACGACAAAGUGGGCAGAAAGAAUUUACUGCAUUUUCGCCUUCAAAUGGAACCAAUCAAACGGAGAAAGACAUAGAACCAAAAUUUGGAGAUGUGGAUGUAGCUUCACACGGUUCUGGUAAUCUUGAAAAGAAAAAGAAACACAGAAAAGACAAAGAUCGCGGUAAGCAUCACAACAAGGAGCACAAAGGGAAGGAUAGAAAGGAGUACAAAGGGAAGGAUAAAAAGGAGAAAGAUAAGGAAAAAGGGAAGGAGAAGGAUUAUGGGAAAGUGGGACUACCAGCAGGAAAUUUGAAGCGACCUCCUGAACGUAUUCCAGUAGAUGUGCCUGCUCCGAAAAUACCGAAACUGAAAAUUCGUUUUGGAUCCAAUUCAGAUGGCACUUCACCUGCCGUUAUGCCUGUACCAUCUGCACAAAUAUCUGAAGGAAAGACGGUUUUACCAGCCGAUGAAAAUGCGCGAAGAAUGCAUUCUUCAUUCAAGGCAGAAAAUGAGAUGGUUCCAUCCUCUAAACCAACUGCACCUAAGCGACUUCGAAAGCCGUCAGUUAUGACUAAGGGCGAGCUCAAGGCAUUGCCGAAAUUGUCAUCGAAGUCGAAAACGUCUGAAAUUAAAGAGGGAAGAGGCCUAAAAGAAGCAGGGAAAUCAAAAGAAGAAUUGGAAACAAGUUUGGAUACAGCAAAAGCCGAUGCUCACAGUUUGCAGCAAAUCAACUGCCUGCAUCGGACAGUUGGCAAACGCAUGCAUAUGGACGAAGGGAGAAAUGAAUUUCCAGGGUGCCAGGCGGGUAAUCUGGUCAACAACACUUCUGGUUCAAUUCUGAAAGUUGGAAAGGAGAAGAAAGAAAGUGGUAUCCCGAAUACGACAUCGAAAUGUGAGACUCACAUUUUGCAACACAUAACGCCAUCUGGUGCUGCUGUGACUGGUGGACGACGUAUAGAGAAAGAAGUCCUGAAGAAAGAUGUAGAGCGGGCUAAGAAGAAAACUACUGACGUGAAGAUGUCGGGAGGGACACACAGGUCUGCUAAAGUGAAAGACUCUUUCGCAAAACGUGCACCUAGCCUUGUUGUGUGCAGCGACAAGGACAAAUUAUCUAAGGAUCGUUAUUCAGUUAAAACUAAAGGGUGGGAAUUAGAUAAGGACAAAAAGAAAGGGAAGGAGAAGGAAGAACAACAUCGUGAUCAGCGGGGGCGAGGAGAGAAGAAGAAGAAGUCAAAAUCACAGCUACAGAAGACUUACCCAGAAGACAAGCAUCAGCGAAAGCAGGACGAGAAGGCGUCGGAAAAAGCAGAGGGAAAGAAGCCGUCACAGAGAGAGGGGCAGAAAGAAAAGGGAAGUGAAAGGGCUGAUAAGAAGGUGGAGGAAGGGGAAAAGAGGAAGGAUAUAGGUGCUGUGGAGAAGGAGAAGGUGGGGAUAGCGGUGGGAAAUGAUUGUGGUGACAGCCUCUUAGUGAAACAGAUGGGAAGAGAUAAGUUACUAACUCCGAAGCGGUCUGCUCCUGACCUCACUGGUCCUCGAAAGAAGAGGAAGAUGAACUCAUUGGAUUACCUUUCUGAUCCUGAGUUGGAGGGCAGAGAAAAACCGAUAUGCAAGAAGUCGAGAGGUAAUGAAAAGGAGGUUAAUCACAAGGAAGCGACGAAAAAAUCGGCUGAACGCAGUAAAGGGUCAAGCACGGGGGACUGUGCUAAGGGUGCCACUGGUGUUUCGGGUGUUACUACUGCUGAAAGUGGGCGUAAAGGAGGGGAGGCUUCUAUCAAAAGCAAAUCCAAGAAUUCGAACAAAGAUGAUAUAAAUAGGAAAAGGGAAGCUGAACAACUUUCUAGCGAUUACGAUCCAGAUUCUGGAGAGGUACCAUUCACAAAAGAAAAACUCUCUCAGCAAUGUAGCAUGGAUAGCGACAUUUUUGGAUUUGGUUCGUCGAGUGCGGAUUCAGGAACAAGGUCUUCGGACAAGAAAUUUGCAACUUGCGAAAGCGAUGAUUCACUAGAUACUAUGUGGAUUUGUCCUGAGUGUUCGGUCGCCUAUGUCGAAGGCGCAACUGAUAUGGUUGGUUGCGAUGCGUGCGAUAAUUGGUUCCAUUGGAGUUGCGUGGGGUUAUUGGUAGCACCACCUGAUGAUGUACCCUGGUAUUGUCAGAAUUGCGCUAAAAAGAAGCUCAAGAAAAAGAAUUCAAUGAAGAGUUCUCUUUCAAAAAAAGGGAAGAAGUGA